AUGAGGCUUGGAGAUUCUAGUAGCGAGCAGUCAAAUGCUAUGGCCGGUACGCCUCCAUUGACUCAGCGUUUUGUGCAUCCUGAUGUAUCACCCUCGUCUACAGCUACACCACAUGAUACAAUGUCUGCUCUAGCUCCUGGUCAGAAGGACAAACUUGGUAGAGUCAUGAUUGAGCCAGAUGGAUCAUCGUGGCAUCCUACAAAGGAAAUUGCUCGGGUUUUAAAAGAUUGUGUUAGAAGACUCUAUACACAGGCUUAUCACUCUUGGAGCGAGAUUCCAAACAGUAUAUGCCAGGCGAUGUUUAAUAACUUUAAGACUAUGUGUACUUGGGAGUCGAGGUGCAAUUUGGUCAUUGGGACCACAUUUGAGAGGAAGGCAUCCGCCAGACUGUCUAGCUGGCUAAAGAGCGUUCGGGAUAGUGGUGAACGUCCCAGUUGGAUGUUGCCUCAUGUUUUUGCUGAAUUGGGUCAGUAUUGGAAAACAGACAAGUUUAAGGCAAUAUCAGAUCAAGCUAAAAUGGCUAGAGAAAGUCUUAAAGGUGGCUCGUUGCACACCGGAGGUGCAAAGACGGUUGGAACAAUUGCACGAGAGAUGAUAAGUUUUAAUUCAAACUUUUAA